AUGAAAUUAUCAAGUAUAUUAUACGUAUCCGUACUAGCUCAUUUAGUUAUGAGCAAGAACGUUGUUGAUUUAGAUCUGUUUAAGGAAUCUUUACAUGAAGAGGGCCAUGAUAAAAGGGAUGGGAAAAAUGUUAUUGACUUGGAGCAAUUUGAAGCAAACACACAGCAAGAGCAAAAUGAAAAAAGAGAGGCUAAAAACGUUUAUAACUUGCAAUCUUUGAAAGAAGGGCUUGAGAAUGAGAAUGAAAAAAGAGAAGCUAAAAAUGUUUAUAGGCCGGAAGUUCUGGAUGAAGGAUCCAGUAAAGGUGACAAAAGGUCAAUGCAAAAUGUAUUUGAUAUUGAAGAGCAAGAUACCCAUCAAAAUUUACUUCAAUCUAUCUUACCCCAAUUGCAAUCUAUAACGAUAUUCACUGGAUAUAUAAGGGAUGAUCCAGAAUUAGCAAUGAAGACUGCAGAUUCUAAGCAGUCCAUGAUUAUUAUUGCUCCUUCUGACGAUUCAAUCAGUAAUAAAUUGAACAAUUUAAAACCUUGGGAAUUUCCAACUGAGUUGACGGGGAAUUCCGAUGAUGAUAGGAUAGUGAGUGAAAAUUUGAAGAAUUUUUUGAAUGGCCAUGUCAUUGUUGAUUUCAAAGAUAAGUUUGUUACCAGCAAUGACGAAAUUAUUACAAAUUUAAUCAACGGUAAACAGGUAAAAAUUAAACAAGAAGGAUCCGACAAGUUUAAAAUUUCGACAGGGGAUGAAUGGAUCAAGGUAGAAACUGUUAAACAAGUUGAUAAUGGGUAUAUUUUUGUAAUUAAUGAUGUUUUAGUGAAACCAUAA